UACUUUCAUCUUUUACUGUUUGUUUAUAUUUAUAAUAAAAUUGAAAACAAAGUUUAUAAUUAAAUUAAUAUUAUUUAUUCGAAAUUGAUAAUUGAAAUAUAUUGACUAAAGGAAAAGUUGCAACAUUCAUAUAACAAUCAAGUAUUUAAUACAGAAAUCUCAAAAUAUGCCAUUAACAGCUGAAAAUGCUGCUCUACAAAUUCAGGACCGUUUAAAAGAUUUGCAGCGGCUCAUUCAUCAAAUUGAUGAGGAACGUAGGCGCUCUGAAGCGAAUGUGAAUAGUAUACUACGAGCACAACAAUCCAAUUUUCCACCACAAAAGUUGAAAGCAUUAUACAAAACUGGACUACAAGAUGCUUCUCAUGAAGAGGCAACCAUACGCGGAGCUUUGGAGAAAAUACAAGAGAUUCGAAAUAUACGAAAUGAACGUCGCGUCGCCGCUCGUAAUGCUGGUAAUAAGGAAGCCAUUCGUCGUGGAGCCCUUAUGAAAAUGGUUCAGAUUUCUGCACAAACCUUACCACUUUUUGUAAGCAAGCCCGGUGAAAAGGUGCCGCCUUUAUGUGGCGCUACACCAGCUGAAAGCAAUUACAUAGCGAAAGUUGGUGACAAUGUAGCUGCUUUAGUCAAAGGUGUAGAAGACGAUGAGAAUUGGAUUUUAGCAGAAGUUGUACAAUUCCUUCAUCGUCAAAACAAGUAUGAUGUGAUCGAUAUAGAUGAGGAGCAAAAAGACCGCCAUGUAUUAAGUAAGAGAAAGAUUAUAGCACUGCCUUUGAUGCGAGCUAAUCCUGAAACUGAUGGCCAUGCGCUGUUUCCAAAAGACACAGUUGUCAUGGCACUUUAUCCGCAAACAACAUGUUUUUACAAAGCUAUUAUACAUCGUUUGCCGCAGACAGCAACAGAGGAUUAUUUGGUGCUAUUUGAAGACUCAUCUUGUACAAACGGAUAUGCUGAUCCAUUGCCAGUGGCUCAGCGUUAUGUCAUUGCAUACAAACCAACAAAGAAAAGUGGAGGAGGUGGAAGCGGAAGUGUUUCGUCGGCUUAAUCAAAUACAAACAACAUAUUUAUAUUCAGUUAAUAUAUCUUAUAUAUUAAUAGCUAAAAACUUAAAUCUAUAUUUACAAUUAAACUAUUCUUCAUCAUCAUCAUCAUCUUCAUUGUUCGACUCAUCUUGCUCCAUUUCUUCGUCCUCUACUUCAUCCCCUUGACCACUGUCGGUUUUAUCCUCAUCGUCAUUAAUAUCAUCCUCUACAUGCAAUUCAAAACCACCCUCCUUUGUCCAAGAACAUUUCAUUGUUAACUGAAAUUUGGCCAUUGGCUUCGCAACUAGCUUCAAUAUUCUCGCUUGCUCCGGUGUCAACACUUUUCCCUCUUCGCACACGGUGUAA